AUGAAUCAAAACAGCUGCAGUAGAUGCGAUAAUGUCGCUAUGAAGUUGACCUCGUUUGUCGACCAAUAUCAAGCUAACGAUACUGCAUACGGUAUAAUACGCGGAGGGCGGAAGGAAAUCACUCUGGUCCCCUUGAUGUGUCUCAUCAGCUGGACUCUAAUAGGCAAUGGAUGCGUUGUACUCACGCUCUGUCGUAAUCCCACCGUGAGGACUUUAUCUAACCUGUUGGUGGGACAUUUAGCCCUGGUGGAUUUUCUUAUUGCUCUACUAUUCAUGACCGUCUCGGCUGUGAAUGACUGGCUUGGUGUUUGGCCAUUCUCCAUAGAAUUCUGCAUUGUGUGGAUCAAUAUGAAUCGAUUUAUGUACACUGCAUCUGUGUGGUCUAGCACGUCCAUUGCCAUAGACCGUUACGUGGCUAUUGCGCACGCCAAAUGGCACUCGUUCAGUCAUCGACACAGACGUAAUCGUAUGAGCAUCUACCUAAUCCCUAUCUGGACUGUUUCGUUACUGGUUUGUGGACCGUCCAUAUUUCUUACGCAAGAUAAGCUUGCCCGUUUACAGGAGUUGAACGAACGCAUCGGGUACACUGUAUGCACGAAUGCGAUCGAGCCCGUGUGCGCGACCUACUCAAUCAGUGGAUCAUUUUUCAUUCCAAUCAUUCUGACCACUGCACUCUACGCUCGGAUGAUUGUGCUUAUGCGACGUCAACGAAAAGGAGUGAAAAAUCACAUGAGAUAUCCAAACGGUAUACAUCAGAUGGGAUCAAAUGCAGUGUAUCCCCGACCAAAAUUUGACACUAACAACAGGACUGCACUGAAAGAGACGGAACUGGAAACAAAACCGUCAGUGACUUCGAUUCGAAAGGAUGAAAUCGAAUUGGAACCGGCGUAA